GACGUCUCCCGGUGGGGGUGAACAUUGGCCAGAUACCUCUGACGGAGCUUGCAAGACCACUUCCGUUACAUACCCGUCACAUCCACAUGGGAUGCUUACUGUCUGGGUGAACACAUCACAGAAUAGAGGAACUGAUCUUCAGACAGGAAGACAGGGUUGGCAUGUAUUUAUUAAACAGUCAUGCGAUCUUCGAUGUUUAGCGACUCAACACCCCCCAACCCCCACACACAUACCCUCCUCCCCCAAAGUUGCAUCACCGUGGUGAUGUCAUCGUAUGGGGAGCUACAGCAGGUGUUAACAGCCUGGUGGUCAACAGAACAUCAACUUGCUGUCACUGCCUCCUCCCUCUCCUCCUCUCCUCUCUCCUCCUCUCCUCUCCUCUUGCCUCCUCUCCUCUCUCCUCCUCUCCUCUGAGACCAGCAGCUUAUUUUUCUCCUGGCUGCUUUAUCACGUCCUGUGGACCUGAUGUCGCUAGAUCUCCAGUCAGGAUGUCCCUACAGAGAGACCUGCUCUGGUCCAUGCAGAGAGACCUGCUCUGGUCCAUGCAGAGAGACCUGCUCUGGUCCAUGCAGAGAGACCUGCUCUGGUCCAUGCAGAGAGACCUGCUCUGGUCCCUGCAGAGAGACCUGCUCUGGUCGCAGCCCAGCUCCUCUGGUUACUCAGCAUCAUCCCAGUACGGCAGGUCUGGAUGAGUUAAGGCAUCUGGAGCAGCUGGAGCCAGAGGAGAGACAAGACAGAGAAGACCCACGAGAAUACUGCUAUGGAGGUUACCACCCUGUCCAGGUAGGAGACACCUUCAACAGGAGGUACCAGGUUCUGUCCAGGCUGGGCUGGGGGGUUUUCUCCACGGUCUGGCUCUGCCAAGACCUCAGGCAGGGCAGGUGUGUGGCUGUGAAGGUGUUGAAGAGUGGGACAGGCUUCACUCUGGCAGGACAGGAUGAAGUCUCUCUGCUACGCUGUGCCAGUGGACCCACAGCGCGUCAUCCUCACAGUGGCAGGAUUGUACAGUUGCUAGACGAGUUCCAACUGGUGGGGGUCAACGGGGUCCACGUGUGUCUGGUUCUGGAGCUGCUUGGUCCGGACCUGCGCUGCUGGCAGGUGUGCUUCGGGAGCCCAGGACUGCCGCUCCCCCGGGUCAGACAGGUGCUCACCCAGGUCCUGCAGGGUUUGGACUACCUUCACUCCCAGUGUAAGAUUAUCCACACAGACAUCAAGCCUGAGAACAUCCUGCUGUGCCUGGAGGAGCAGGACCACCCUCAGACACCAGGGGGCGCCACCACAAGCCCCAGCCAUGGCACCAAGGCUGGUACCACCUCAGACAACAAUGUCAUGGGCUGCCUCAGCAUGGAGGAGAUGAAGGUGAAGAUCGCUGACCUGGGGAGUUCCUGCUGGGUGUAUAAACACUUCAGUGAGGAGAUCCAGACCCGUCAGUACCGCUCCCUGGAGGUGCUGCUGGGCUCAGAGUACGGCCCGCCUGCAGACAUCUGGAGCGUGGCCUGCAUGGCUUUUGAGCUGAUUACUGGAGACUCUCUGUUUGAGCCCAAAGCUGGCAAGACCUUCACCCUGGAGGAAGACCACCUGGCUCACAUCAUAGAGCUGCUUGGCAGGAUUCCUCCAUCGCUGGCGCUGUCUGGAAGAUUCUCCUCAGAGUACUUCACCCUCACAGGUGAUCUGCGUCACGUUGGCCCACUCUGUGUCUGGGGUCUGUACGAGGUCCUGGUUGAGAAGUACCACUUCCUGUUGAGUGAAGCGUUGCAGCUGUCUGACUUCCUGUUGCCCAUGCUGGAAUACCACCCAGAGAGGAGGGCAACGGCUGCACAGAGUCUGCUGCACCCCUGGCUGUCCUCCUGAUGGUUCCUCUUCAUGCACCCCUCCCCCUCCUCCUGAUGGUUCCUCCUCCCCUCCUGCCCCCCUAC